AACUCAGAACUCUUUUGGCAGGGUUUCCACUGAUGUGCAUCAGUAAAAUAAACGGCCCUUUCUUUGCCUGAUAGCAUUGUCUUCCUUGGUGGUGGGUGAAAUCCCAGACCUUAACAUUGGGGGACAGCUUUUCCAUCCAUGCUGUCUUCCCAAGGAAUGACUCCCCAACUUGUUGUUCCACUUUGCUAAUCUCCUGGCCAUUCUCAACAUUACUUUCUAAAUUAAAUUUCUCUUUUUAUUUUUAAGCUCAGUUUCCUAGUCUUGCAUUUUUGCAAAAGGUACCCUUCCCGAACCAGGAGGUUCACCUCUGCAUCCCACAACAAUGUGACAAGAGGAAACAAAUCUAAAGAUUUUGUCACUGCUAAGGAACACACAAGUUGAAAGUAGGAGGGUGACCCUCUUGAGUUACCCUUUGAUAGAUCGUAUAAAACAGCAACUAAGUAAACUGGACAACCGAUUUGCACUUUUUUUCCCAAGAGUUUUCCUUCUUUUUUGAUAGGUAUCCACUAGUGUGGGUUCCUACUCCUAGGUCAGCUUUGGGGAAAAGCCAGUAAGAUCUCCAAUACCAAACAACAGGAGCAGACUACAAGCACUAAGAGAGGACUUCAGAGGCGCCUCUAUCCUGGAGGCUUCCAACAGACUGACAACUUGGGAGUGAUGUCCUUCCGGGCAGUGAGGGGCCAGAAAAGGUUGACGGCAUCGGGCCUUGGGUCUACCAGUCCCACGUCCAAAAAGCAGAACCUUCUGAUCUACAAUCUUUGGAGCCAGACUGGCGUCACGCGUCAUCCAGCAAACCCCCUGAAGCUCCGCCUGACCCAACAUCAUGAACCUGAUCCUUCUUCCCAACCCUCUUCCAACCCUAACCCUAAUCCCGCUCUUCCUCUGGCUAUCCCCUAGUGGUUGCUCUGCUUCAAAUUCACCUCAACUGUGGAAGUGGCUCUUCCUGCGGUGGGAAGAUGGCCAGGUCGUGCAUUCAGUCAUCACAGCGGGAGCACCCACCUUUAAUUUCAGCGCCUGUGACUUAUUUGCCACGAUGAAAGAGGUCCCCCCUGCCACCCACUCCCUUUGCAGGGAUAACCCUGACCUUUACUUCUGCCCUUCCUCGAACCCUGGGAAGUCCUAUUGUGACCACCCGGGUCACUAUUUUUGCUAUUCCUGGGGAUGUGAAACCCUAGCCAGUGGUUGGACCCCCGCUACCGCAGACCCCCACCUGGCUCUCGUCCGGAACUCGGACUGGCCUCCUUACACUUUAACCGUUAGGUCUCCAAGUGAUUUGGGGUGGCUGUUGGGACGUAUGUGGGGGGCCCGCAUGUUUAUCUCCGGCCCCGACUUCGGCAUGCUCCUGAUGAUUAAGAAGGAGGCAUUCCCCGCCCCAAUCAAAAGCUCUAUGGGACCGAAUGGAGUCCUUGCCCCAGUCACUCCUCUAAUCCCCCCCUCUGUUACCAUCCCGCAAGCCGCGCCCCUUCCUCCCAACCCUGACCUCUCUACCCCGUCCGUAUCCCCAACCCCAGGUCCGUCUUUCGGUCUGGCCCCCCUGUGGCCCCUGGUACAGGCCUCCUACCUCUUGCUGAACCAAUCCUUCCCCAACCUGACCGAGAGCUGCUGGCUCUGCCUAGAUGCCAGACCCCCGUACUUUGACGCUAUAGCACUGAAUGCUUCCUACUCUACCUCCAACGAGGACAACCCCCCCGAGUGUGACUGGAAGGACAGGAAGACGGGCCUCACCUUUCAGGCCGUCUCGGGCUCUGGCCGGUGUAUAGGGACCAUCUCCAAACCCCUAGCCCAGCUGUGUGACAGCGUGUCCUCGAGUCCAGACAAGUUCUACAUCCCCCCUCAGGGCGCCAUGUGGCUGUGCUCCACCUCGGGCCUGACGUCCUGUGUGGCACAGGCCGCCCUGUCCUCCACGGCCGAGAUGUGCCUCCUCGUCAUCGUCUUGCCCCACAUCCUUUACUACCCGGGGGAAGAGCUCUACCGCUACUGGGAAGCUCGCUCCCUCCCUCCCCUCAGGGUGAAGCGGGAACCCGUCACCGCCUUCACCCUGGCAACCAUCUUUGGCGGAGCGGACGAAGGGACGGGGGGAGCCUCCCUGAGCCUUCACCGUGGAGGCCUCUCAGCCCUCGGAGCUGCGGCGGAUGAGGACUUGGCCAGGAUGGAGACCUCCAUCCCCCGCAUCAAAAGGUCCUUCACCUCUCUGUCCGAGGUAGUCAUCCAGAAUCGCCGGAGCCUGGACCUCCUUACACUCCAUCAGAGAGGCCUCUGUGCGAUGCAUGGGAUGGAGUGCUGCUUCUACUCCGAUCACCUCGGGGCCGUGCGCGAAUCCAUGGCCAAGCUCCGAGAAGGCCUCGCGGCCCGGCAGCGGGAGCGAGAGGCCCGGGAGCGGAGGUUCGGGCACAUUUUCGACCAGUCCCCGUGGCUCUCCGUCCUCAUUUCCACCCUGUUGGGCCUCAUCCUCGUUCUCCUCCUCCUUCUCAUCUUCAGCCCCUACGUUAUCAACCGUGUGGUGGCUUUAGUGAAAGAUCACGUUAGCAGCGCCCAGCUCCUGGCCCUGAGGCAACAAUACCAGUCCGUUCCUAGCCACACGGACGCUCCCUGUGAUGAUGCUCACACCCCUGUUUGAGAGAGACUUCUCAAAGGGCCCGUAGAAGAAGCGGAGAUUGCGAGGCCGGAAGGACCCCUCCCCCCCGGACUGUGGCUCCGUGACCUAACUCCACCCUACCCUACAUCCUCUCCCCCUUCGUUCAGGCUCCCGUCUGCCUUGGAGGCGGCGGGACCCGAGCUCGAGCUUGUAAUAAAGCAGUGCCUCUUGCUUUUACAUUA